ACAGUUUCGUCUAUCCUCUGUUGAUUGAUGAUGACGAUGAUUUAGCUUCUUUCUCUUGCGACAUAUCAACCGUUUCCUUGCCUCAAUUCGCGUUUCUGAAACCAUAGAUCCAGGUAGGUGAACUUUGCAGCGAAAUCGAGAAGCGAGGAGGAUUAUUUAGAUCGUUCCUUCGAUUGAUCGAUGAUGAAUCCUAGAAGGGAGCCGCGUGGUGGUAGAAGUUCUCUCUUUGAUGGCAUUGAAGAGGGAGGAAUUAGAGCUGCUUCUUCUUACUCUCAUGAAAUCAAUGAACAUGACAAUGAGCGUGCCUUGGAAGGUUUGCAAGACAGAGUCCUUCUUUUAAAACGACUAUCUGGUGAUAUAAAUGAAGAGGUCGAUACUCAUAACCGCAUGCUUGACAGAAUGGGCAAUGAUAUGGAUUCAUCAAGGGGGUUUCUCUCAGGAACCAUGGACCGGUUUAAAACGGUAUUUGAGACAAAAUCAAGCCGAAGAAUGCUGACGCUUGUGGCAUCGUUCGUGGGUUUGUUUCUAGUCAUAUACUAUCUUACUCGGUAAAAUUGGCAAACCCGGGAUAUUCCUAAACCAUCCAUCCAUCCAUGAUCUCAUGUUAUUAUCAGUAUUUCUCUGUUGGCUCGUACAAUCUAAUCAUCCCUCAUCAGUGUAAUGAAUGUAUGCCUCCAGUGUUAUAGUGUGAUCCAGCAGUGCUUGGGUUGAGGACAAAAAUUUCAUAAACUUAUAAAAAGUUUUGUACUGUAUGAUGGAUUAUAAAGAGCGUUUAUUCUUGAUAAUAGAGAUGGUUCAGACAGAUUGUAGACA